CAAAUUAACAUAAAUUUUGGUUCGAAUGGUGUAUAAAACUAUAAACCCGAUAUCUCUCAACUCUGGUAACAAAUUGACUCUGCCUGAUCGCUGUAAUGGCGAUGAAGUGCAGAUCCAUCGUCGGCAUAUGGUCGCAAAGUCCACCUUCUCACCUUAUCACCGCCGUCGCCGUCAUUGAAGAACCUCCUUCUCUUUACACCGGCGCCUCUGAUGGUUCCAUCGUCUGGUGGCAUCUCUUCGGCGAUUACCAUUCUCCGAAGAUUAAACCCGCUGCUAUGUUGUGUGGCCAUGCAGCGCCAAUAGCUGAUCUCUGCAUUUCUUAUCCUCUGUUGGCUUCAUUAGAUGAAAAAGUCGAUCACAAAGAUGUAGGGUUUAACAAUCUGCCUAGAAAUCAGGCUGCUUUAGUAAGUGUGUGCAGUGAUGGUGUAUUGUGUGUUUGGAGUCGAGGGAGUGGACAUUGUAGGUGCCGAAGGAAAUUGCCUCCUUGGGUGGGGAGUCCAUCGAUUAUUCAGGCAUUUCCGGAAAAUAGAAGAUAUAUAUGUGUGGCUUCGUGUUUCUCUGAAUGUUCAAAUGCUUCUGAUCUUGAUCAUGCGGAUCCAACUGAAGGGAAUGAAGUCACUGGAGAUGAGGAAAUUUUGAGUAGAAAAGCAUCCAAGUGUACUAUUGUUAUUAUUGAUUCGUAUUCCCUCAAUAUUGUGCAAACAGUUUUUAAUGGGCACUUGUCCAUUGGACAGCUAAAGUUUAUGUCUCUUAUUGACUCUGUUGAUGACAACCCGAAGCAUUUUUGUCUUAUAAUUGAUUCAUUUGGUAAAAGUCAGUGUAUUUCAUUGAAAAAAGAUUCCAAGCUGGACAAGGAGGAAGGGCUCAAGCUGCAUCAAAUCUCUCGUCCUGUGAGUAUGGCUACACUAGAAAAUGGACCUUAUGAAGGGUUUGUUAUAUCUGUUGCAACUUAUGGGCAGUUGUUAGGAUUAGUGUAUAACACCAGGUGCAUCUUUCGCUUAGUUGCUAGUGCUGCUGUACUUGGAGUCAUUUCUUUUGAAGAUGAUAACUGUCCUGGUGGAGCUGAUUUCUCUUCGAUUAGUGGAGGCAUGUUUAUCUCUUCCGCCUAUAGUUGUAACUCUGAGUCUGAAAAAAUGCGCAAUAUCAUAGGUGUGGAAUUUUUGGUUUGGGAUGAUAAAGGAUCAGCAAUUGUAUAUGAGUUAUCAUUUGUGCAUGACACUUUCAAGUAUAAGAUUAUCAAUGAGAUUCCUGCAAAAUAUUGUCCUGUGGAUUUGAAAGUGUCAACAAAGUUUGUUCAGUUGAGAGAUUACUUUCUUCGGGUUGAAUCAAUUUGCUUUCGUUAUGAAGAGCCUUCCUUGUGGAGACCUCAUGUUACCAUGUGGUCCUCGCAGUUGCUUGAUGAUCAUGAGAAAUACGGUAAACGUUGUAGGCUAAUUGGAGUUGGGGACUUCCUUGUCGAUUGGAUUGAUUGUUUAAACUAUGCCAGAAACUCUCAGACCUCGGAGCAUAGUUUUGAAGAAAACCUUUCCACUGGAGCAACUUCUCUGACUACAAUGGCUGAUUUUCCCGAUCAGGAAGUUUCUGGUGAUUUGCAUAAAGAUUCUUUAGAUUUUCCUUCUGUUUGGGAAGAAAGUAUUGUUUCUUCAACUAUGAUUAUCUCACUAGAUGCUCGUACUCCUUAUGGUAUAGUAUAUGGCUAUCAUAGCGGACAAAUCGAGCUAGUCCAAUUUAACUUGGCACAGAAAGUAGACUCUGAUAGUGCUAAUAAAUAUCUCGAGCCAGAGAGUCACGGAUCUAAAAAGCAGUUUUCUGGGCAUACAGGGCCAGUUUUAUGUUUGGCCGCACACCAGAUGGUAAGGACUUCCACUGUGCGGUCAUACACCAAAGUAUUAAUGUCGGGCAGCUUGGAUUGCACACUUCGUGUAUGGGAUAUGGAGACUUCCAAUAUGAUCAUCGUGAUGCACCAUCAUGUUGCCCCUGUGCGUCAAAUAAUCCUGCCACCAUUACAAAGUCAUCAUCCAUGGAAUGAUUGUUUUCUCUCUGUUGGCGAGGACUCAUGUGUUGCCCUUGUAUCUCUUGAGACUUUGCGGGUUGAAAGAAUGUUUCCUGGACAUCCAAGCUAUCCUCUACAAGUUGUAUGGGAUGGUGAUAGAGGUUAUUUGGCUUGUCUAUCACAGACUCAGUCAGAAGCAUCUGGUUUAAAGGAUUCCUUGUUCAUUUGGGACAUAAAGGCUGGUUCUAGAGAGCGCGUUCUGCGCAAUACAGCAGCUCACUCAAUGUUCAACAAUUUUUGCAAGGUUGUAGGUGUCAGUAAUAUCACUGGGCAUGCGUCCCUUUAUAAUACCUCAAGAUCCUCUCUGAACCUUUCACGGACAGAAGAUGGAAGCUCUUUGUCAUCUGAAGUAAAUCAAUUAGCGAACCGCUUGUCUUCAUUAAAUAGUAGUAGUGUCAAAUCUGCAAAACUAAGUAAAAGAAACCUUGAUGGGCUUCCAAUUAGAUGCUCAUGUCCAGUCGCUGGAAUUGCAAUUCUAUGCUUUGACCUUUCAACACUGUUAUCUCCUGUUGUUAGUAAGGAUGAUGAUGAAAAACAUUGGAAUACUCCUCUAAAUGAAUCAAUAACCAACAUUCAGCAAGGGGCUGCAUCUUAUGAUUCUUCUAAGCAGCAAAACAUUCAUGAGAUGAGUGAGGAAAUUCAGUGCACCAACACAAUUAUAAUAAACUUGCUACUAUUUAGUUUAUCGUUUUUGCAUCUGUGGGGUGUUGAUCCUGAAAUUGACCACUUGUUGAUGACGGAAAUGAAUGUCAUUAGAUAUAAAAACAUGUGGUCUGCUCCUGGAUUGGAAGGGGAAGGAGGAUCUGUUACAUUGGCAUUCCCAGCUUUUAGUUCUGCUCUUCAGCUUUGGAAAUCAUCAUCGGAAUUCUGUGCAAUGAGGUCGUUGACAAUGCUGUCCCUUGGCCAAAGCCUGGUUAGCUUGUCUCACACUUAUUCAGGAGCUAGCAGUGCUUUAUCAGCAUUCUAUACACGUAACUUUGCUGAAAAUGUUCCUGAUGUGAAGCCUCCAUCACUACAGCUAUUGGUCAGUUUCUGGCAAGAUGAAGAUGAGCAUGUACGCUUGGCUGCUCGAUCUUUAUUUCACUGUGCUGCUUCAAGAGCUAUCCCUUUACCCUUAUGUUAUGGGAGAACAGCUGAACAUGCAAAAUUUGUACACGCUGUAGAUCAAGAGAGUGGAAGUAAACUAGAUUGUGAAAAAAUGACAGAAACCUUGGCUAGUGGUUUGCUUUUUGAGAGUUCUCCUGAAAUACAAGGGGUCUCUAAGGUUGGAGAUUUAGAAAUACUGAAGUGGCUAGAAUCUUACGAACUACAGGACUGGAUUUCAUGUGUUGGUGGCACAAGUCAAGAUGCUAUGGCUUCUCAUAUUAUUGUUGCAGCAGCACUAGGGGUUUGGUAUCCAAGCCUUGUAAAACCCAGGCUUGCCAUGUUGGUGGUCCAUCCACUGAUGAAAUUGGUCAUGGCUAUGAAUGAAAAAUAUAGUUGUACAGCUGCUGAACUACUAGCUGAAGGAAUGGAGAGUACAUGGAAAACAUGUAUUGGUGCUGAAAUUCAUAGUCUCAUUGGGGACAUUUUCUUCCAAAUAGAGUUUGUAAGCGGUGCUUCAUCUGAAGCUUCAGCGGUGCCUCCAAAACUUCAGGAAACUUUAGUCAGCAUUCUUCUUCCAAAUUUAGCAUUGGCGGAUAUCCCUGGUUUUCUGAGUGUGGUUGAAGGCCUUAUUUGGUCAACUGCUUCUGAUUCACCUGUUCAUUUAGUAUCGCUUAUGACUCUAAUUAGACUCAUGCGUGGUUCUCCCAGGAACUUGGCCCAAUUUUUAAAUAAGGUGGUUAAUUUCAUCUUACAAACAAUGGAUCCAGCCAAUUCAGUCAUGCGCAAAACUUGCCUUCAGAGUGCAAUGGCAACCUUGAGGGAAGUUGUACGUGUUUAUCCUAUGGUUGCACUGAAUGAUUCUUCUACACGGCUAGCUGUUGGGGAUGCUAUUGCGGAGGUUAACAAUGCACAUAUUCAUGUAUAUGACAUGCAAAGUGUCACAAAAAUCAAGAUUCUCGAUGCUAGUGGACCCCCUGGAAUUCCAACUUUACUUUCUGGUGCUCCUGAAACCAUUAUUUCUGCCAUUUCUACAUUGACCUUUUCGCCAGAUGGAGAGGGGCUGGUAGCUUUUUCUGAGCAUGGUUUGAUAAUUAGAUGGUGGUCACUAGGAACUGGCUGGUGGGACAAGCUAAGCCGCAACUUUAUCCCCCUUCAAUGCACAAAACUUAUAUUUGUUCCACCAUGGGAAGGCUUCUCACCUAAUUCUUCAAGAGCAAGCAUUAUGGCGAACAUUAUGGGAAACAGUAGCCAUGUAACUUCUCAGGUGCUUGGGCAUUCAAGUGACAUGGACAGUUUAAAUUUUUUACUUUACAACCUUGAUCUAUCCUACCAGUUAGACUGGAUCGGUGAUCGAAAGGUACGUUUGACAAGGCAUGGGCAAGAGCUGGGGACCUUUUUAUUGUAGUAACUUCAACAGAAAGCUGUAAACUGAGACAACUGGAGAAUCAUAGGCUUUGGCUGGUAUGCAGCUUUGCAUCAUUCUAUGCAGAAAUUGUCAAGAGAAAUGCUAGAAUGGUUUCUAAUGGUAAGUUUGAGUGCGCUUUCUAGUCGGCAUGAUAUGUCUGUCAAGGUUUGUAAUGGUAAGCCAUGACUGUGCUCUCUGGUUCGCCAUGGACAACUGAUUUUUAUAACGUGGAGGAACAGGCUUUGGCUAGUAUGCAUCAUUGAAUGGCAUGCAAGAAUCGUCGUAAGAAACGCGAAAAUGGUUUAUACUGCAAAGCCAUAGGUUUUUCCUGUAUGCAUCCUUCAAUGCAGGGAGCCAGUUAGCCAGGGAUCAACAUGCAAGGUUGGUGACUACGCAAUAGCCAUUGAGCUUUCUGUGACAUGUUUUUUUUCUGAUUUACCCCAUCUUGAAAACAAGGUUGCAAAGCUAUACUCCCUCCAAUUCUUUUUAGUUGUCCCCUUUUCUUAUUUGGAUAGUUCACCUCUAUUGUUCCAUUUUCAUUUUAGACAUACAUUUUUAGAUGGUCCUCCCAUUUCUUAAUAUUAAAAAUAUUCAAUAUUGCA